AUGGAGGAGUAGAGAAAUGAGAUUGAAGAAGAAUAUCUUGAAAAUUUGAAGACUAUAAGGCUCCUGGUAACUGCUGUGGGCAAUGAAUUUCCAGAUUAGACAAUUGAGACUCUGUCAAGUUUUGUUAGGAAGCAUCCAGAGACUGAAAUUUCAAUUGCUGAAUAUCCAGAUUCUUUAAAUGCCAUGUAAAAGCACAUUUCAUUGAGCCUAGUACUAGCAGUUACUUUUGAAGAUUCAUCGAUUAAGGAAUUCGGCAUUAAGAUGGUAUUGUCACGCCAGCACCCUUAUAAACCUCCUAAAAUAUACUUGGAUGAGCCAAUUAUUCCAGAACUCUUUAAUUUCUUUGAUUACUUAAGUGCAGGAAACGUAAUAUCGUUUGAUGACUUGAGAAUAUGGGACAGAUAUUAUAGUGAACUUAAUAAGUAAAAGUUAGUAGAUGGGGAAUAUUAAAAACUUACAUUAGAAUAUCUUCUUGCUAAGGUUUACACUCUUUUAAGCGUUGCUCCUCCAAUUUAUCAUGAUUUUAUGUCAGCUUGA